AGAGAGAGAGAGAUUAUCUACCUAUAACAGCGACUCCUCUCUCUUUCUCUCUCUAUAGAGUCUAAUUCAUUAUUUCUCUCUCCACUCCUACUUUUUUAGAUUUUCUUAUGUAUUGUUGUUUGUGUGAGCAUUUCAUCCUCAUCUGAUUCUCUCCUCUUUCAUGUCUUAGGGUUAGGUUUAGGUUUGCUUGCUUUGCUUGUUCGUUUGUUUGUUUCGGUUUGAUAUUUAGAGACCACCAACGAUCCCAUGGAGGGUGAAUUUCAAGAUUGGGAGGUUCUCCACAACUCGGAUGAGACCGACUCAGUUAACUCGUCCGAUUCGGUUGAGAACAUGAAGGGUUUGGAGGGGAUCGAUGGUGUCUCUGAAGGUAUGAUUCGAACAGAUCACUUUUCUCUCGAUUUGGAGAGCCAUUAUAUGGAGAAUUUUGUGGAUAAUGAUGUGUGCGUUGAGGACUCUGUAAAUUCUGAUAAUCUGAAUUGGGUCGAUCCUGAAUCGGAGACUAACUAUCCGAAUAAGGAAUCGGUUGAGUUUUGGCCUGAUUCGGGGAGCGAUCGAUCUGACGAUCGUAAAUUUGGGGAAUUCGAAGGUAAAUACGAAUUGGGUUUUGUUCAAAAUGAGAAAAUUCAAGCGGGAUUUGAAGGAGUUGGAGAAAUUGGAGGUGGGGGUGAGGAUUUGGGGAAAUCGUUGUCUGAUUCUGGCAAAAUUGGACCAAUUUCGAUGGAAUUUGGGGACUUUGAUCACAAUACUGAGAUGGGUAUUGGUGAUAAUGCAAAUUCUCCUGAAAGGUCAGAGCUUUUGGGGGAAGAAAAAGGUGGAGAUGGCGAGGCCGGUGGAGAUGUGGCUUCGAGUGGUGAAGAAAGUGUUGCCAUAGGAGCAGUGAAGCCAAGUGGUGAGGAAGAGAAGAGGGUUGUUGUGUGGUGGAAGGUUCCAUUUGAGUUCUUGAAAUAUUGUGCUUGCAGGGCUAACCCAGCAUGGACAAUCUCGGUGGCCGCAGCAGUUAUGGGUUUUGUUAUCUUGGGACGAAGGUUGUAUAAGAUGAAGCGGAAGAGCCAAAGCUUGCAGGUGAAGGUUACCAUGGAUGAUAAGAAGGUAUCUCAGUUCAUGAGCCGUGCUGCACGUCUUAAUGAAGCUUUCUCAGUGGUGAAACGGGUCCCAGUCAUACGACCAACUCUGCCUGCAGCUGGAGUGACUGCAUGGCCUGUGAUGAGUUUGAGAUGAGAUUCAGGUUGUUAAAUAGCGCGAGAAUGCAGUAUGUUCAUGAAGCAUGUGUACCAUGAUUAUAUGUGCGGUUUUAUGUUACUUGUAUUAUCUUGAGGUAUGUGUACCAUGAUUAUACAUGUGGUUUUUAUAUUGUUACCUGUAUAAUCCAUGCGUGCUGGCCUUCUUUAUGUAUUAUGAACCUUCAAAAUCGCUAAGAGACUUCUGUAUCAAUUUACAGUGUGUGCAAACUUAAAAGUUGGUUCCUUUCAGUGUCCCUGA